UGGCGAUCCUCUGCUUCCUGUGUGUGAGAUCUCUAUCAAAAGUCAUUCCAAAGCCUCUCCUCCCGCAGGACGGGUGUAUCAAGGCUAUAUUCAAAUUGAACAUGGCAGUUAAUCUCAGCAAAAACGGGAGCGCCUUGUCAGCAGCAUAUAAAGAAGUGGUGGAUGAGAAAUCUGCUACCAACUGGGCCUUGUUUACUUAUGAGGGAAACACUAAUGACAUCCGGUUGGCUGGCACAGGAGACGGUGGACUGGAUGAACUGGUGGAAGAGCUAAGCAGUGGGAAAAUUAUGUAUGCUUUCACUCGCGUUGAAGAUCCAAAUUCCGGCCUUCCCAAAUAUGUCCUCAUCAACUGGACUGGAGAAGGUGUGAAAGAUGCAAGGAAAGGACUGUGUGCCAAUCAUGUCAGCUCUAUGGCCAAUUUUCUCCUGGGCGCCCAUGUGACGAUCAACGCCCGCGCAGAGGACGACGUGGAGCCCGAGGCGAUUAUGCAAAAGGUUGCCAAGGCAUCCGGGGCCAACUACAGCUUCCACAAAGAGUCCAACCGCUUCAGGGAUUCCGGCCCUCAGGGCCCCGUGGGCUCGGUGUACCAGAAGACCAAUGCCAUGUCCGAAAUCAAACGGACGAACAAAGAUAAUUUCUGGGCCCAGGCUGAGAAAGACGAGGAGAAGCGUCGUCAGGAGGAGCGGCGCAAGGCGGACGAGGAGCUGCAGCACCUGGACCGGGAGAGGAAGGACCGUGAGGUGAAGGAGGCAGCACAGAGGGACAAGAGGGACAAGGAGAGGGCCUCCCAGAUUGACCAGCAGAAGAAGUACCAGCAGCAACAGGAAGCAGAGAACAGAGACCAUGAAAAACAACAAUGGGAGGAGCAGGAGAAAGAGCACCAGGCAGGCCAGAAGAAAGGCUUCAAGCGAGCUGAAUCUCUGGAAAAGGCCAACGAAGCUGCCUCGGUGAUCUCACAGCGUUCCAUGAACCCCAGAGAGAUGUUCAAGCAGAGAGAGAGGGGCAUGCCCCCCAGCAGCUCUGACACCUCGCCCGCCCCAGACAGCCCCCAGCCUGGGCGUUUGAACAGCCCGUUUCUCUCUAAGCCACCUUGCGAGCCCGAACGGUCCAGCUCACCUCGGCGCCAAGCCUCCCCUGCAGGCUCCGCCUCUCCUGUCCCCGCCACAGAGCCCAGUGUGGAUGAGCAGGCCCCUUGUGAGCUCUCUGAGCAGGAGGUCACACCCCAGGAAGAGUGGCAAGAGCCCAGUGUGGAUGAGCAGGCCCCUUGUGAGCUCGCUGAGCAGGAGGUCACACCCCAGGAAGAGUGGCAAGAGAAGGCGCCAGCAACCAACUUCCAAACCCCUGCUGUGGAGCCAGCUCAGAAACAGCUGUACGAAGAGCCCAUUGAGGUGAAGGAACAGGAAACACCUGAGGUGGCGGCGGAGGAAACCACAGGCCGAGAAGUCACUGCCAGGGCGCUGUACGACUACCAGGCCGCCGAUGACACAGAGAUUUCCUUCGAUCCUGACGACGUCAUCACCGGCAUCGAGAUGAUCGACGAGGGCUGGUGGCGUGGAUACGGCCCCAACGGCCAUUAUGGGAUGUUCCCGGCCAAUUAUGUGGAGCUUAUGUAAGUUUGGGCCAGACCCCUUCAUUCGGUCUGCAUAAUUGCCCCCCCCCAACCACGACUCCCCAAAGAAGACGAAUCCUCCACAGACAGACCACCCCCAGCCACGCAGCAGGACAGAGCUUACCUCGCAGUCAGAAGACCAGAGACACUGUUCCUUCUACAUCAUGGACCAAGGUAUGCAGAAUAACCACAGGGCCUUCCAGCCUGGGUCCCUGUUCCAGAACACAAUUCCAUUCCAUUAUGUUGUUGAUGUCGUGAACAGUUAUGAUGUCAUAGAGGGAUCUGUUAGGAGACACGCAUGUUGGCUGGUCAGCCCCUGAAUUGAAUCUCUUACCUUUUAAUGUGAUGCAGUUAUGUUAGCCUUUUAUUGAUUGGUUCCGCCUAAUAUUCCAUUGUUGUCUUUGAUAGCACUAUAAGUUAACAUUCCUUAAACAGUGAAUUUAGUUUUUAUUUCAGGUAUAAACUAUUGUUAUUUGUAGCAAUUGUCCUGUCGAUUUCAGGAACAUUUAUUUUCAUAGCACAUGGUACCAACUAUGAUGUCUUUGCCUUGUUUUUGCCUUUCGUGCUAGAAAAAUAUUUUUUUUAAUGUGUUGGUUUUUGUAUAAAGAAAUAAGUAUGCUUGAACAAAACAAAAAAAUAGUGUGGAUCAUCUGUGAAUUUGAAAUCAUGUGAAAAAAUAUAUAUACAAUAAUAUGGUUUUGCAGUUGAACUUGAUAUUUGAAAGCCAACAGGGGUCUAUAUUUGCUGUGCUCUGGGUGAAUGAUCUCUAAAGUAAAUGCGUAUUGAAAAAUUAUACCAAUGAGGUUCUCUGUGAUUUCCAUAGUAUUUGUUUGUAUGCAUAACGGUUAUUGGAUGUUGACCACAACAUUUCAGUUGUUCCAAAUUACUAAAUUUCCAGGGACCAGUUCGUUACACAGUGGAAAUAUGUUGUCAUCGUUUUUGUCUCUUUGUGUUGUUAAGUUGUGAUCCACUUCCUGGGUCCAUAAGGCUGGGGUUAACAGCUCUGACUAGAUUGCAAAGAUGCCGGUUGCAAAUGAGGGUUGCCAAAGGGGGGUUAUUGAACCGGGGGGGGGGGGGGGAAGAAUUCUCAGAAAUGUGCUGUUUGUUAUUUUAAUCUGUUUGACAUUGUCAGUGUGAAAUAUCAUUAACCAUUAUGCAAGGCCACUGCUUUUAACAAAUUAAAUCACUGUCAGUGAAGUUGGUAGGACGUCGUCACUUUAAAUGAAAAUAAAGGAAUUUAAGAUUGAUUACAAAGGGUCAUUGUCACUUCAAAAUGCAUGUAUUACUUGUCAUUUUAUUUUUUUCAAAGAGUAUUCUGUAAUGCAAAGACAUUCUUCAUAAUAAAUAUAUGAGUAAGUUGA